GGAACGAAGCCUUAUAUUCUUUGGUAGAAAGUUGUCAGAGUCCAGAACUGUGAAAUCGUUAAAAAACUUGUUUGACAUUUUUGGGUUGACAUAUUUUUUGACAUUUCAUUUCCUUUUGGUGUCAACUGUCAAUAGACGAAAACACUAUUUUCCAAAAUGGGUCGCGUUAGGACCAAGACUGUCAAGAAAGCAGCGAAAAUUAUUAUUGAGAAAUACUACACCAGAUUAACUCUUGAUUUCCAUACCAAUAAGAGAAUAUGUGAAGAAAUUGCUAUUAUUCCCACAAAACCUCUUCGCAACAAAAUCGCCGGAUUCGCCACACAUUUAAUGAGACGUCUCAGACAUUCUCAAGUCCGUGGAAUCUCCAUCAAACUGCAGGAGGAAGAGCGUGAAAGGCGUGACAACUAUGUCCCUGAGGUCUCUGCUCUUGAGCAUGACAUUAUUGAGGUGGACCCUGACACUAAGGACAUGUUGAAAAUGCUCGACUUCACUAACAUCAAUGGUCUCCAAUUGACACAGCCAGCCACGCAGGGCGGUUAUGGUGGUAGACGUAAUUAAGGAUAAUAAAUUUUAAACUAUA